AUGGAUGCCACUUACACUCCUCGCAACAACGGCAGUUUUGCCCACAGAUUCUCCAUGCCGUUUACCCAGAGAUCUGUCCGGUAUUCUUCGUCUUUGACAGAUCCGCGUGAUAACGAUGAUUGCCACCCCGCUGCUGCUCUCCUUGAAGCUGGAGAAGCUGUUUCAGGGAGAGCUGCAGCGGCUGCGAGGAUUCGGAAGAAUGCCUACUCGCAAAAGGAUGCGAGGGGCGCAGAUUACGAUGGCGAAGACACUUACCACCCUGAAGGAAAGGCAAGAUUUCGCGGACUAUCCGCCGAUCCUGCUGCCGUCUUUGAGCAGAUAAGACAGGCGACACGCAUGUGGGUAACGAUAGCGGCUUGUCUCCUCCUCCUGUUCGUGGCGGGAUCGACUGUCUACCACUGGAAUUGGAGCUCCGUCCCAGUCCCCAUCUCGCGGACGCCUACUUCGCGGACUUCUUCCGCGCCUGCUGGUCAUGCUCCCGACUCGCGUCACACUGGGUCCCAUCCACCUCCCUCCGGCGUCGGUGGACGAGGCGAUGGCCCGCACGCAGCUCUGCAUGCGGCUCUGGAGAAGCGGGUUCACAUUCACCAGGAAGAGCCUCACUAUGCACAGCACGAGAAGGGGGAGUUCGACGAAGACAUUAUGAAACAACAUCCGGACGACCACUCUUUUGUUGAUAUCUGGGAUGGGGAUGAGCACGAAGACCUUCAUCUCUCUCGGGGUGUGCCGGGGUUGCACACGCCUCUGUAUCGUCUGCCGUUCGUUGAAGGCCAGCACAACGAGACGCACGUGGUCGGAGUCCACACGAGCGAUCUCGACAUCCCAAAGCGUCUCCUGGUUGACGGCGGCCAGUUGCACAACCUGAUUGGAGGCGACUACGAUAUGCUGGUUACGCGAGAUGGCCGUCCAAAGCCUCUCCUCGUGCAUGGCAGACUUGUAUGGAAGAAAUGGGCGGAGACGUAUGCCGCGGGCAUAUCUCCAGACGCGAUGUAUCUGUUCUACGACCACACGCACCACACAUGGGUGUUCAAUCGCGAGUUGAACUUCAAGAAACCGGCGCCGGUAGCCUUUCUUCCUCAUGGCGCCCUACUGCCAGUUGUACGGCAGCUGCCGCAUGCAACGAGCGUGGGACCCGCUGAGACACCCGACGCAGCGAAGAAGUUGGCGGAGAAACGGUAUACGGCCUAUACGAAGCACGGAGUACCCAAGGGAGUUCACUGGGUAGUCCGCGAAGUCCCGGGGGGCUUGGGGCGCGGGGCAGCAGAGAGUGGGGGCCCGACAGUGGACGCCGGGAUUCGCGUGCGGGGGCAUCCCGGGCACACUGCGCCAGAAGAUUUCUUUGGGCUUUCGCUGCAAAAAGUCUUUCACACUCCCGAGGAAGGUCCGGGUGACAUGGACGAGGAAGAAAAUGUUGAGGAUGAUGAAUACCUUGAAGACGACGAAAGUUCCGAUCACCACGGAAUUCAUGGCGAGUACGAGGAUGAAGACGAGGAAGAACUGGAGAAAAUGUUUGUCCCAGAAGGUACACGCACCCGACAGCAGUACUUGACGCAUCCCCAAACGCAAGUGUAUCAUACCUUCGACGACAUGCAUUCGAAGUUCGACCACGAACGAAUUGUAGACGAUCCCAUCGCUUAUUUGGAAGCUUCGGGCCACCCUGACGUUGACACAAUCGAACGUGAAGUCGGAGAUGACACAACGGCCAUCCCCCAUCCUCUUCGGAAACUGGAAGAAUGA